UAGAAAAAUAAAUAAGCAUAUAAAUGCAGAGAAAAAAAUUAAUAAAAGCAGAAUCGUUCAAGUUUGGGUCGUGAUCAUUUAAGCAAAGUAAUAAAGUUUUGACGUGAGCUUGCCAAUUCUCGAUCUGAUUAACCAAAACAGGAAUGAAGCAAUUUAACGCGUAAUAAUUCCUCAAAUUUGAGAAAAUUUUGAAGCUGUUCAUCGAUCUCUAUUCUGUUCAAUUCACUGCUUUUAUUCCUAUGGCUGCACCGUUUUUCUCAACUCCGUUUCAGCCUUACGUUUAUCAGGUAUAUCCUGGAUGGUUUGACUUUGAAAGAUGGUGGAACAAGAGCUUCAUCAAGCAAAUUUUCAGAAGUUCUAAAGAAGAGUCAGCAAGAUGCAGUAAUACCAUUCCAGAUUUUAGGUGGUGAAGCACAGGUGGUUCAGAUAAUGUUGAAACCACAAGAAAAGGUUGUUGCAAAACCAGGUUCUAUGUGUUUCAUGUCUGGGUCUAUUGAAAUGGAGAACACGUUCCUCCCUGAAAAUGAAGUAGGUAUGUGGCAGUGGCUUUUUGGGAAGACUGUCACAAGUAUAGUACUUCGUAAUUCUGGUCCAAGUGAUGGAUUUAUUGGAAUAGCUGCUCCUUCUCUGGCAAGAAUUCUUCCGAUUGAUUUAGCAAUGUUUGGUGGAGAGAUUUUAUGCCAGCCAGAUGCAUUCCUUUGCUCUGUAAAUGAUGUAAAGGUCAGCAGUACAGUUGAUUACAGGGCGCGCAAUGUCAUGGCUAGUGCAGAGGGAUUUUUAAGGCAGAAGCUAUCUGGACAGGGACUUGCAUUUGUUGUUGGUGGAGGAUCUGUUAUACAGAAAAAUCUUGAGGUGGGUGAGGUAUUAUCUGUUGACGUAUCUUGCAUUGUCGCCGUUAAUACCACUGUCAAUGUCCAAGUUAAAUACAAUGGUCCCAUGAGAAGGGCAGUCUUUGGUGGUGACAAUUUAGUAACAGCAACUCUGACGGGACCAGGCAUUGUCUUUAUUCAGAGUUUGCCUUUUCAACGAUUUUCUCAGCGCAUUGCUAGGGCAGUGACAUCCCCAAACAUGAGAGAAAAUCCAAAGUUCUUCGUUCAGAUAGCUAUUUUCUUUUUUCUGGCGUAUGUUGUGAUUGUAUCUUCAUUAAUUUUGACCGAUGUGUGAAUCAGCCUUUUUGGUUUCUAAUGUCGCUUUCUUUAGGAAACUCCAUAUAGUAGCCCUGAUCACUCAUUGCAGUAGUAUCCCCCAGUCUAUUUAAUCUGAAUAUAGUCAAUAUCAAUAGAAACAAAGGAAUUUCAAUUGGGUUUCUUGGAUUUA